UCUUUGGUCUUUGGCUUUUCUUCCCCGGAAAAAGAAGAGAGCGACAGCGCCUUGUUCCACCUCCAUAUUAUUUAGCACCACCACCUUCCUCCAUUGCACAGUCCUCCCUCUCCUCUGCUUCUCCAUGGCCGUUGUUGGCGCGAGCUUCUUCCUUUUCCUCUCUUCUUCUCUUCUCUUCCUCUCUCCGGCCGUCUCUUCGGACUCCCCCGGCCUUUCCCUCAGGAAGCAGGCGUCUGCUCUUCUUUCCAUCAAGCAAUCUCUGCGCGCCUCCGACGGCUUCUUCCGGAGCUGGAGCUCGCGGAACCAUGCUUCUCUCUGCUCGUGGAGCGGCGUCCGCUGCGACGACGCCGGGCGAGCGGUGACCGAGCUCGACGUCUCCAGCCUCAACGUCUCCGGUUCCCUGUCGCCGAGGAUUGCGGAGCUGAAGGCGCUCGUUCGCCUCUCGGUCUCCGGCAACAGCUUCGCCGGGGAGUUCCCCGCGAGCGUCUGCCAGCUCCUGCGCCUCCAGUUCCUCAACAUCUCCAAUAACCACUUCAAUGGCUCCUUGGACUACUGGAACUUCUCUGCGAUGGCGGAGCUGCAAGUCUUCGACUUGUACAACAAUGACUUCUCUGGAUCACUGCCGGCGGCGUUACCGGAGCUGCCCCUGCUCCGCCACUUGGAUCUCGGCGGGAACUAUUUCUCCGGCCAAAUCCCCACUGCCUAUGGCGGUUUUCCGGCCAUUAGCUAUCUGUCAUUGGCUGGGAACGACUUGGGUGGCCGUAUUCCAGCCGAGCUAGGCAACCUCACCACUCUCGAACAACUUUACUUGGGCUACUUCAAUGAGUUCGACGGCGCCAUUCCGGCGGAGCUCGGGAGGUUGACUAAUCUCCUCCACCUCGACCUCUCGAGCUGCGGCUUAAAAGGCGAAAUCCCACAUCAAUUGGGUGAUCUUGUGAAGCUGGACACCCUCUUCUUGCAGACCAACCAGCUCAUUGGCACCAUUCCUCCCCAACUUGGCAACUUGAGCAGCUUGAGAUUCCUCGACAUCUCCAACAACGCGCUCGCCGGGGAGAUACCCAAGGAGUUCGGGAAUCUCCGAGAGCUCAAGCUGCUGCACAUGUUCCUCAACCAAUUCCACGGAGAGAUCCCGUUGUUCGUCGCGGAGCUGCCGAGCUUGGAGGUUCUGAAACUGUGGCACAACAACUUCACCGGCACUAUCCCUCCCAAGCUUGGCCAGUAUGGCAGGCUUCGAGAGCUUGAUCUCUCCACCAACAAGCUCACCGGAAUGGUUCCCAGAGGUCUCUGCACUGGGAAGACAUUGGAGAUACUGAUCUUGCUCAACAACUUCCUCUUUGGUCCUCUGCCGGAUGAUCUCGGUGAGUGCACGACUCUUGUGAGGGUGCGCAUGGGGCAGAACUACUUGACCGGUUCCAUUCCCGGAGGCUUCCUUUACCUUCCGGAAUUGCUACUGCUGGAGUUGCAGAACAACUAUCUCACCGGAGUUCUAGCAGAUGAGCCUGCAAAGCGACCGGCAAAGCUAGGCCAGCUCAAUCUAUCUAACAACCAGUUUUUUGGGCCUCUUCCGAGCUCCAUCGGAAACUUCUCAGCGUUGCAGAUUCUCCUUCUCAGUGGCAACCAGUUCAACGGAGAGAUCCCAUCUCAGGUUGGCCUUCUUCGACACGUACUAAAGGUAGAUAUGAGCAUGAACAACUUCUCCGGCCGGAUUCCUCCGGAGAUCGGCGAUUGUUUUCUGCUGACUUACUUGGACUUGAGCCGAAACCAAUUGUCCGGCGAGGUACCGUCUCAAGUGUCUCGAAUUAAAAUACUCAACUAUCUGAAUGUUUCAUGGAACCAGUUGGCCGGAAACAUUCCGAAGGAGAUCGGGAGCAUGAAGAGUCUAACUUGCGCCGAUUUCUCCCACAAUGAUUUCUCCGGCAGAGUGCCGGAGACAGGGCAAUUUGCCUACUUCAACGCUUCGUCUUUUCUCUCCAAUCCUCGGCUCUGCGGGUCGAUUCUGAACCCCUGCAACAUUUCAGCAAGCUCUCCGUUCCAUCAAGACCAACAAGGGAGUCUCAAGUUCCAGCUCCCUGGGAAGUCCAGGCUCCUACUCGCGCUGGGCCUCUUAGCGUGUUCGAUCGUCUUCGCGUUCACAGUAGCCAUCAAGACACGGUCGAUGAUGCGAAGAAACUCUAACUCGUGGAAGCUGACUGCAUUCCAGAAACUGGAUUUCGGGAGUCAAGAGAUUGUAGAAUGCCUCAAAGAGAACUGUAUCAUAGGAAGAGGAGGAGCCGGCGUCGUCUACCGAGGAACGAUGCCUAGUGGCGAAGAGGUCGCAGUGAAGCGCCUGCUCGGAAUCAGCAAGGGCUCGACGCACGACAAUGGAUUCUCUGCCGAGAUUCAAACGCUGGGCAAGAUUCGGCAUCGGAACAUCGUCCGGUUGCUCGCCUUCUGCUCCAACAAGGACUGCAAUCUCCUGGUCUACGAGUACAUGCCUAACGGAAAUUUAGGAGAGCUGCUCCACGGAAAGCGAGCUGGAUACCUCAAUUGGCAACUGAGGCUCAGGAUCGCCGUCGAAUCAGCCAAAGGAAUGUGCUACCUGCACCACGACUGCCGUCCUCCGAUCCUCCACCGCGAUAUCAAGUGCAACAACAUCUUGCUGGAUGCAAACUUCGAAGCUCACGUAGCUGAUUUUGGCCUCGCCAAGUACUUGAGGGACACUGGAACCUCUGAAUGCAUGUCGGCGAUCGCCGGCUCUUAUGGCUACAUCGCUCCUGAAUACGCGUACACUUUGAAGGUGGACGAGAAGAGCGACGUGUACAGCUUCGGGGUGGUUCUGCUGGAGCUGAUCACCGGCCGGCGGCCGGUAGGGGACUUCGGAGAGGAAGGACUGGACCUUGUCCAGUGGACGAGAAGUGUCACGAACUGGAGCAAGGACGCGGUGGUGAAGAUCCUGGACCCCUGGCUGAGCAACGUGCCGGUGGAGGAGGCCAUGCAGGUGUUCUUCGUGGCCAUGCUGUGCGUCCAGGAGCACAGCGUGGAGAGGCCGACCAUGAGAGAGGUGGUCCAAAUGCUGGAACAAGCCAAGCCCUCCUCUGCUCUACCUGUACGUCCGAGCUAGUCUAGUCGUCACCGGUCUGCAAAUUUGUGAACUAAAUGAUGAGCAAAGCUUUGCUCUGUGUGUGUGUGUGUUUCUCGACUAAAUGUGUGUGGCAGUUAGUGAGAGUGUGUCAUUGAUUUGAUAUGGUAAGAAUCUGUUUCUCUCA